AUGCCUGAAAAUGAUAUUUUGGAAGUUGAUAUGGGUUAUGUGUCAGAUUCGAAAAUAACUAAUUUUGAUUUUCACUCAUAUAUUCCUUAUACUAAAGCUUUUAAUAAUAAUGAUGAAAUUAGGAUAUGUGUACAACAAACUGAUGUAUACCCAUAUUUACAUGAAAGCUUUUUAUACAUCGAAGGCGACAUUGAAGAUAAAGAUAAAGUAAAACUAGGUAAUAAUGGAUUAUCUUUUCUUUUUGAACAAGUUCGUUUAGAAUUAAAUGGUAUCGAGAUAGAUAGUUCACGAAUGUUAGGUAUUACAAGUUCUAUCAAAGGAUAUCUUUCAAGUACACCAGAUAAUUAUUAUUGUUAUGAAAAUGCUGGAUGGACUUUCAAAAAUAGUUCAUCCAUAUCAGACACAAAUGGUCAUUUUACAGCAUGUAUACCACUAAAAUACUGGUUAGGCUUUUUUGAGCAUUAUAGAAAAUUUUUAUUAAAUUCACGAAUAGAACUCAUAUUAACUAGAUCAAAUAGUGAUUUAAAUGCAUUGAUUAAAAAAAGUGAUGAUGCAACUACAGGUAGUGUGAAUAUUAAGAAUAUUGUUUGGAAAGUUCCUCAUGUUAGUGUUGAUGAUAGCCAGCGUCUAAAGUUAAUGAAAAUAGUUGAAAAAGAAAAACAUUUGUUUAUACCAUUUAGAUCAUUUGAAACAUAUACUUACCCUGAACUCGGAGACACGAAAAAUGUACUAUGGAAUUUAAAAACAUCAACGAAAUUGGAAAAACCUCGUUAUAUCAUUGUAGGCCUCCAAAAAAAUCGUAACAAUUCAAUAACUGCAGACAAAAGCGAAUUUGAUCAUUCUAAGUUGAAAAAUAUUAAAGUGUUUCUGAACUCAAAUGUUUAUCCUUAUGAUAAUUUAAAUUUAGAUUUUACGCACAACGAUUUUACAUUAUUAUAUAAUAUGUAUACAUCGUUUCAAGAAUCAUAUUAUGAAAAUGGACUUCGAAAUCCGAUACUAAGUCCAAAAUUGUUUUUAUCAAAUGCUCCAAUUAUUGUUUUAGAUGUUAGUAAACAAAACGAUUCUGAAAUUUCUUCUACAAUUGACUUACGUUUAGAAAUAGAAGCUGAUGAUAAUUUAACUGGUGUUAGUGCUUAUUGUAUGUUAAUACACGACCGCAUAGUUGAGUAUUCGCCAUUUACCCGAGAAGUGCGUAAACUCGUAUAA